CAACAGGUGGUUCUGGUUAAAGAAGAAGCUUCAGAAGAACAGAGUGCUCGUGUCAACCACCAACACCUAGAUUUUCUCCACGAAAAGGAGGAACAGGAGAAACUCUGGUCUAGUAUGGAGGGAGAGCAUCUCCAUUUGAAUAAGGAGACUGAUGCUGCCAGGUUUCAAUCCUUUAGCCAAAAAACACAUUCAAACAAACACACGAAAGUCCAGACAAAGCAGAAACAUUUUGCCUGUGAGCACUGUGGACAAAGGUUUCACCAAAAGACAAAUUUAAACAAACACAUGAGAGUCCACACAGGAGUGAAGCCUUUUGCUUGUGAGCUAUGUGGACAAAGAUUUAGCCAAAAGGCAAAUUUAAACAAACACAUGAGAGUCCACACAGGACAGAAGCCUUACGCCUGUGAGCUCUGUGUAAAAAGAUUUAGCCAAAAGACAAAUUUAAACAGUCACAUGAGAGUCCACACAGGACAGAAGCCUUUCGCCUGUGAGCUUUGUGUAAAAAGAUUUAGCCAAAAGAAAACUUUAAAUAAUCACAUGAAAGUCCACACAGGACAGAAGUCUUUCGCCUGUGAGCUCUGUGGAAAAAGAUUUAGCCAUCAGACAACUUUAAUUAAUCACAUGAAAGUCCACACAGGACAGAAGCCUUUCGCCUGUAAGCUCUGUGGACAAAGAUUUAGCCAAAAGGCAACUUUAAACAGUCACAUGAAAGUCCACACAGGACAGAAGCCUUUCGCCUGUGAGCUCUGUGUAAAAAGAUUUAGCCACAAGACAACUUUAAACCGUCACAUGAGAGUCCACACAGGAGAGAAGCCUUUUGCCUGUGAGCUCUGUGUAAAAAGAUUUAGCCGAAAGACAAAAUUAAACACACACAUGAGAGUCCACACAGGACAGAAGCAUUUUGCUUGUGAGCUCUGUGGUAAUAGAUUUAGUGAAAAGGGACAUUUAAAUACACACAUGAGUGUCCACACAGGACAGAAGCCUUUCGCCUGUGAGCUCUGUGUAAAAAGAUUUAGCCACAAGACAACUUUAAACCGUCACAUGAGAGUCCACACAGGAGAGAAGCCUUUUGCCUGUGAGCUCUGUGGACAAAGAUUUAGCCAAAAGACAACUUUAAACCGUCACAUGAGAGUCCACACAGGAGAGAAGCCUUUUGCCUGUGAGCUCUGUGUAAAAAGAUUUAGCCGAAAGUCAACUUUAAUCAGUCACAUGAGAGUCCACACUGGCUUUUCGCCUGUGAGUUUGGUGGAAAAGAUUUACCCAAAAGAUCAGUUUAAACGGUCACAAAAGAGUCCAUAAAGGACAGAAGCCCUUUGCUUGUGAGCUCUGUGGACGAAGAUUUCGCUGAAAGAAAAUUUUAAAAAUUCAUCUAACUAUCCACU